AUGGCAUCCGAUCAAACUAAUUCAGUGCAAGCAAAGGAGCCAACGACCCACCCGAACACGCCAUGAAUGGCAUCCCCAAAGGCCCAAAUUCAACUGUCAACACUCCGCCUACCGCGCGCACACACCUGAUCUCUCUCUUUCUCACGCCCGGCCGGCCCCAAUAAAUUGGAGACACUACGCGUUACUGACUCACCACCAAGUCCUCAGCCACACACACAAGCACACAUCACAACAAGGAAGCGUCGACACCAGCCAUGGCCGCCGCCGCGCACUUCGUCUUCCUCGUCCUUCUCCUCCUCGCCGUCGCCGCAACGACACAGCCCGCAUCGGCGGCGACGGCAAAGGAGAAGGAGACGCACAUCAAGGUCUACUGGCACGACGUGGUGGCCGGCCCAAACCCAACGGCGGUCCAAGUGGCCCACGCCGCCACGACCAACACGUCCAAGUCCUUCUUCGGGGCCGUGGUGGUCAUCGACGACGCCCUCACUGACGGGCCGAGCCUCAACGGGUCCAAGCUCAUGGGCCGGGCCCAGGGCACGUACAUCAGCGCGGGCAAGGACUCGGUGGCGCUGCUCAUGAACAUGAACUUCGUCUUCACGGCCGGGAAAUACAACGGCAGCGCCGUCGCCAUCAUGGGCCGCAACGAGGUGUUCACGGCCGUCAGGGAGAUGGCCGUCGUCGGCGGCACCGGCGUGUUCAGGUGGGCCCGCGGGUACGCGCAGGCCCGGACCCACACCUUCGACCUCAAGUCCGGGGAUGCCACCGUCGAGUACAACGUCUACAUCAGGCACUAGUAUGUAUUGGUGGCUUGCUUGAAGCUGUAGUGGUAAUCGAUCUCGGACGGCUUUGGUGAAAUUUGAUUUUAUGAGUAUAUCUAACAACUGUUGAAUAAAGGGCCAUGCUAAUAUAUAGUUUGUAUGUUCUUGCUUUGGUUUUUACCAAAACAGACGGCGAGAGGAGAGAAUGUUUGCUUUGUCGUAAAAAGUAGCUGACGAUUGGUUGUUGUACGUUAGGUUUGGAAUCAUAGUGAUUGAACAAAAAUUGGCUGCCGGACAUUCUUGCUUGUAAGCAUCAUUGGUAUUUUUGCUGUCCUACGAACAAGACUUUACGUGUCC